CCCGGAGAGCCGCAUCUAUUGGCAGCUUUGUUAUUGAGAACUGCUCGCCGCCAACUUGGCUUCGCGCAACCCUAGAGUUUUCUCCUCGAUCCUGUCCCCCAAACUGACAGGUGCUCCCAGCAACUUGCUGGUGACUUCUCGCCGCUCUCCCAGCUCCCCCGCGUCCCCACCCCCUCUUUCCUCUCUCGCCUUCACCCCCACCCCCACCACUUCGGCACAGCUCAGGAUUUGUUUAAACCUUGGGAAACUGGUUCAGGUCCAGGUUUUGCUUUGAUCCUUUUCAAAAACUGGAGACACAGAAGAGGGCUCUAGGAAAAAGUUUUGGAUGGGAUUAUGUGGAAACUACCCUGCGAUUCUCUGCUGCCAGAGCAGGCUCGGCGCUUCCACCCCAGUGCAGCCUUCUCCUGGCGGUGGUGAAAGAGACUCGGGAGUCGCUGCUUCGAAAGUGCCCGCCGUGAGUAAGCUCUCGUCCCAGUCAGCCAAAUGCUCCUCUUCGGGCUUCUCCUGCUGACAUCUGCCCUGGCCGGCCAGAGACACGGGACUCAGGCUGAGUCCAACCUGAGUAGUAAAUUCCAGUUCUCCAGCAACAAGGAGCAGAACGGAGUACAAGAUCCUCAGCAUGAGAGAAUUAUUACUGUAUCUACUAAUGGAACUAUUCACAGUCCGAGGUUCCCUCAUACUUAUCCAAGAAAUACAGUCUUGGUAUGGAGAUUAGUAGCAGUAGAAGAGAAUGUAUGGAUACAACUAACAUUUGAUGAAAGAUUUGGGCUUGAAGACCCAGAAGAUGACAUAUGCAAGUAUGAUUUUGUAGAAGUUGAGGAACCCAGUGAUGGAACUAUUUUAGGGCGCUGGUGUGGUUCUGGUGCUGUGCCAGGAAGACAGAUUUCUAAAGGAAAUCAAAUCAGGAUAAGAUUUGUAUCUGAUGAGUAUUUUCCUUCUGAACCCGGGUUCUGCAUCCACUACAACAUUGUCAUGCCACAAUUCACAGAAGCUGUGAGUCCUUCAGUGUUACCUCCUUCAGCUUUGCCGCUGGACCUGCUUAAUAAUGCUAUUACUGCCUUUAGUACCUUGGAAGACCUUAUUCGGUAUCUUGAACCAGAUAGAUGGCAGUUGGACUUAGAAGACCUAUAUAGGCCAACUUGGCAACUUCUUGGCAAGGCUUUUGUUUUUGGAAGAAAAUCUAGAGUGGUGGAUCUGAACCUUCUAAAAGAGGAGGUAAGAUUAUACAGCUGCACUCCUCGUAACUUCUCAGUUUCCGUAAGGGAAGAACUAAAGAGAACGGAUACCAUUUUCUGGCCAGGUUGUCUUUUGGUUAAACGCUGUGGUGGAAACUGUGCCUGUUGUCUCCACAAUUGCAAUGAAUGUCAAUGUGUCCCAAGCAAAGUUACGAAAAAAUACCAUGAGGUCCUUCAGUUGAGACCAAAGACUGGUGUCAGGGGAUUGCACAAAUCGUUCACUGACGUGGCCCUGGAGCACCACGAGGAGUGUGACUGUGUGUGCAGAGGUAACACGGGAGGAUAACCACAGCACUGUGCUCAGCAGCCCCUCCCAGAGCAGUUCAUUUACGUGGCUGAUUCUCUUAUAGAACUGACUGACACAUUAUCUCCAUCCAUAAUCUCAGUUGUUUGCUUCGGGGACCUUUCAUCUUCAGGAUUUACAGUGUGUUCUAAAAGAGGAGACACGAAACGGGAUUAGGAGUUGUGUGACAGUUCUUUUGAAAGGAGGCCCAAAGAACAGGAAAAAGGUCUUCAAUUGUGGGGGAAAAAAAUUGUAUGUUGUAGAUCACUAGCUAGUUACAGAGUUACCAGGUACCUAUUAAGCUAGCUAUGUUUUGUAUUUCAUUUCUCUUGGUAGGGCUUAGGUUAAUGUCAGCACAGGAAUAAACUGUAUGUGCAAAUGAGGACCUGAAUCUGUUGCCUUGCUUAAUUCUACAGCUCCAUGUUCUGGGCCUAAAAUCACAGAAAUAUGGAAUUUUUGUCCUAUAGUCACAUUAAUAAACCAGAAUGUUCUAUGUUCUACAAACUUGGAUUUUACAAAGGAACUAUGUUGCUAUGAAUUAAACUUAAUUUGUGUUGUGCUAAUAGGAAAGACUGGAUAUUUCCAUAUUUCUUAUUAAAAUCUGUACUGUUUAAAAGAAGAAUACUACAUUCGUGAUUUGGAAGAGAUAAACAUGAAAAGAAGAGUGGCCUUAUCUUCAUUUUAUCUAUAACUUGGCUUAUUUGUUUUAUUGUGUACAUUUUUAUAUUCUCCUUUUGACAUUAUAACUUUUUGCUUUUCUAAUCUUGUUAAAUAUAUCUAUUUUUACCAAAGGUAUUUAAUAUGCUUUUUUAUUACAACCUAGAUCAACUAUUUUUUAGCUUGGUAAAUUUUUCUAAACAGAAUUCUUAUAGCCAGAGGAACAAAGAUGAUAUAAAAAAUAUUGUUACUCUGACAAAAAUACAUGUAUUUCAUCUAUGUAUGGUGCUAGAGCUUAGAUUAAUCUGCAUUUUAAGAUAUUGAAGUGGGGAAUCAAAAGAAUUUGUAAGUUCCAAAGACCCUUCAAAAAGAAUAAAUUAUAGCAUCUUUCACCCCUAUUAUUGGACAUGCAAAUAAAAAGCAGUUUUUGGAAUGCAUAUUCAGAUCCAGUCAUCACUAUCUCCUAACUCUUUCUUUGGGAAAUAUGAGCCUAGCUCAGAAGACCAUAAAGCACCUUGGAAAAAAGAGACUCGACAGCUUCCUAACAAAGCGUGCUCUGGUGUGCUGUAGGAACACAUCCUAUUUAUUGUGAUGUUGUGGUUUUUAUUAUCUUUAAACUCUGUUCCAUACACUUGUAUAAAUACAUGGAUAUUUUUAUGUACAGAAGUAUAUCCUUUAACCAGUUCACUUAUUGUACUCUUUGGCAAUUGAAAAGAAAAUCAGUAAAAUACCUUGCUUGUAAAAUGCUUAAUAUUGUGCUUAGGUUAUGUGGUAACUAUUUGAAUUAAAAAUUGUAUUGAAUCACCAAAUAAAGGAAUGAGGCUAUGUGGGGAUGAAA